AGUCGUAUCCUACAAGUGCAGCGCAACCACCAUGACGCCUACCCGCCACCUCGCAGCGCUGGCCGCCGCCGCCGCGCUACUCUUCAUGCUCGGCGGCCUGCUGGUCGCCGAGGCGGGGGCGGCGGACAACGACUGCGCCGUCGCACAGACGGCCUUCGGCGACUGCGCCGGGUACGUCGCCGGCGUGGAGAACAAGCUCUCGCCGCGCUGCUGCAGGGCGCUCGCCGACAUCAGGGACAUGGCGCCGACCUUCGUCCGGCAGCGCGCCCUCUGCGCGUGCAUCCACAAGGAGAUGGUCGCCGCCGGCAAGGUGGUCACCCGCCGCGCCGCCGCGCUCCCCGGCAGGUGCGGCGUCCGUAUCUCCUUCCUCCCGACCACCCACAACUUCGACUGCUCCCGGAUUCCGCGAGCCGAUUGACGUAUCGGCUUAAUCAUGGCGCCUAACAAAGAGCAUCGAAUAAGAUGACUUGCAAGACUUGUGGUGGACCGAUUUAUGUUUCCUUUUUUUUUUCCACAAAGAGUAAGCAGUUGAAUAAUCUAUCCAGCUUGCAACGAUGUUUGUAAUAAAGAUCAUCGCAAGUAGGACCUUUUACUCUGGAAAACAAUGUUUACAAACUUAGUCCGGGUGUAACCGGUAUCUUGUCCAUAUUAAUAUGUUAUAUAACAUCCAUCGUAAAAUUCUAGAAAAUCGGUAUUAGCUCCCACUCGAGCAAUUUUCGGAA